ACAGCCGCUUUCCAUUCCUGUCCAAAACCCUAGCAGGUCGGAAAUCAUCCUGAUUCUUCCCUCUUCUCAAUUCAGCUCUGCUGCGUGUUUCUGAGCGUGUUUUUGUGUGUGAUAGAGAAAAAAGUUCUCAAGUAAUGGGGAUUUUUGAACCGUUUAGGGCCAUAGGAUACAUCACAACCAAUGUCCCUUUCUCCGUUCAGAGACUCGGCACCGAAACCUUCGUCACCGUCAGCGUCGGAAAAGCAUGGCAAAUUUACAACUGCGCCAAGCUCAGUCUGGUACUAGUUGGUAAGUAUUGGAACCUCGUGGUUUUGUUUCUCCAAUUCAUUUCUAUAUUUCAAUGCAUAUUUCUUGAGCAUUAGUGUUUAAAUGCUACUUUUUCAAUUAAUUUUUUUUUUAAAAAUGAAGUGAUUAGUUACGGAGAAGAAAGGAUUUCUUUCCAUCUGUACAAAAUCUGUUCUGAAGGGAAAUUUGGAAGCGUUUGGAGAAUACCUUUAGGAAAGGAGGUUCUGAAGUUCGAUAUAUUUUGGAUUUUGGAAUUGGAAUUUACCAUAUACACAGUUUGAAUUAGAAUGACAACCAAAAGGCCUGAUGAACUGUAGAAGCAAAUUUAGUAAAUAGACUACUGUAGAAGUAAAUUUAGUAGCAUUCCAGUUCAAAAAAAUGCAGUAAAUAGACUACUGAUGAACUUCUACAUUCCAGUUCAAUAGAAAUGUAGUAAAUUUGCUUCUGGCUGUGGCUGAUGACAACCAAAAGGCCUGUCUAAAAAAAUUGAAGAUAUAUAACUAAUUAAAAAAUAGAGGAUCUGAAGAUUAGGGCGUUCGAAUUUUCUGGUUAAAUGGUCAACUGCCUGUUUCCAAUAAAUUUGGUUCAUGUGUUUUUAGAUGAUUAAUUGUGCCUGUAGUUGGUUAACCACUUCUAUUAUUUGGUUUCGGUUUGUUUGUAGGGUUGUCUUACCAAGUAAACUGAACCAUCAAUAACCAAACUUGUGGAUUUGAUUUGUAGUUGCUAAAUUGUGAAAAAAUUGUUUAUUAAAAUUUAAGUGACCUGUUGUGAAACUUCUAACGAAAUUAAUAACCCCAGUAAAAUGGUGCCCAUUUUGGUUGGUUAUCCUGGCAAGUACAUUUACUCAGGUUGCUUUGGAUAGCAUUUAAGAGCCAAAACCGCAUAAGCUCUUCAUAAAUUAGCAACUCUUGAUCUGGAGCUGCUGUAAAACUUAAUUCAAUAUGGAAUUACUGCAAAGGAAUCUUGAAACUAUCUUUGGACUUUCUCUUUCUUGACCCUUUUAGGUAUUAAUAUUGUGAUGUUUGUGUGUUUGUACUACACUUACCUUCUUCUAGUUACUUUAAGCCUAUAUAAGGCUUGUAUUGUGCUUCUUAGAUAUAUAAUAAGCACAAUAGCACAAUGGCGAUCCUUAUAUAAGCUUGGACUAAACACAAAAAAGCAUUGUACGUUCUUCUUGCUAACCUUAGGCUUGUAUAAAUUGAUCCCUGCACUUAUUGUGUGAUAUCAAGCACAAUGAUAAGCUUAUUUAGGUUUUAGUUUAAAGGCAAAGAAGCGUAAUACUAUCCUAAUAAUGUACAUUAGAAUUAGGGACUGCACAUAUUACCAGCAUGUUAACUGACGUGGGCAUAUUGUAGAGAAAGGGAAAAUGUGGCUUCUAAAGAUGUACUGGAGAUUUCUUGGAUACUUCUGAAUGUAAUUUGUAUUGCUUACUUAUUGUACUGGUCAGCUAAUUCCUACUUGUAUGGACAGUAUUUGAUGGACUUGUUGGGGAGCUUUCUGAUUGCCGUACCUCUUGUAUUUGUGGUUUUUUGUGUCAUUAAUUAGUUGUAAAGAAGUUUUGCUAGACUUGCAUUAAUUCAUGAUGUCUGGUGCUUUCUUUCGUAUUUGAUUGUGAAAUCUAGCACCUUUAGUACUCAUUGUCAAUGUGUUGCAAGCAUGAAUAAAUGUUGCAAAUAGAAUUUUUCAUGUAACUGUAGAUCUUUUGAUUUGAUUAGUAUCUCAAAAGUGUUCUGUUGGCAAAAUUGUUGUUGAUUGUAUAGUUGUAAAGUUUUUACUGAUUCUUUAUCUCUUCCAUCAACUUAUUGAGUUUGUAUUUCUCUCUAAUUAUUGCUAAACAUGCUUACUGGUGAGGAUUUUAAUGAAGGCCCUCAACUUCCAAAAAAGAUACGAGCUCUUGCUUCUUAUCGCGAGUACACCUUUGCUGCAAAUGGGAGUAGUAUUGCAGUUUUUAAACGUGCCCAUCAGGCAGCAGGCACUAUUAGUGAACACACAUUUUUGUGGCACACAUUUGGCCUCCCAUUUUUAUGGACGUGGUGGCGACUUGGAGCAGGCAUGGUGCAAAGGUUAAUCACUUGCUUCUUUUUGGUGCACAUAUCUUAAGUGUUGAUGUUGAAGGCAAUAUAUUCACAUGGGCAUUCAAAGAAAUAGACAAGAGCCUUGCUCCAGUUGGACAUGUUAUGCUUGAGGACAACUUCACCCCUAGUUGCAUAAUGCACCCAGAUACUUACUUGAACAAGGUUAUAGUUGGAAGUCAGGAAGGGUCUCUUCAACUUUGGAAUAUUAGCACAAGGAAAAAACUUUAUGAGUUCAAAGGGUGGAAAUCAUCUAUAAGCUGUUGUGUUUCAUCCCCAGCUUUAGAUGUUGUUGGGAUUGGAUGCGCUGAUGGAAAGAUUCAUGUGCACAACAUUCGCUAUGAUGAAGAGAUAGUGUCCUUUAGUCAUUCUACUCGAGGUGCUGUAACAGCCUUAUCCUUCCGCACUGAUGGGCAGCCCCUUCUAGCUUCUGGAGGUUCUUCUGGGGUCAUAAGCAUAUGGAAUCUUGAGAAGAGAAGACUGCAGUCUAUUAUUAGAGAGGCCCAUGAUUGCUCUAUAACUUCUCUCUACUUCUUUGCUAAUGAGCCUGUACUGAUGAGUUCAUCCAUGGACAAUUCUCUUAAAAUGUGGAUUUUUGAUACAAGCGAUGGGGAUCCUCGUUUGCUGAGGUUUAGAAGUGGGCACAGUGCUCCUCCUUUAUGCAUCAAGUUCUAUGCUAAUGGCAGGCACAUUCUAUCAGCCGGUCAAGAUCGUGCCUUUCGACUUUUUUCUGUGAUCCAGGACCAGCAAAGCAGAGAGUUAUCUCAGCGUCAUGUUUCUAAAAGAGCAAAAAAGCUCAGGUUGAAGGAAGAAGAGAUAAAGCUGAAGCCUGUCAUUGCAUUUGAUGUUGCUGAAAUUAGGCAACGUGAUUGGUGUAAUGUGGUGACAUGCCAUAGAGAUACUGCUCAAGCAUAUGUGUGGAGGCUUCAAAAUUUUGUCCUUGGCGAGCAUAUUCUUACUCCAUGCACCGAAGACCAGACACCAGUUAAGGCAUGUACCAUCAGUGCAUGUGGCAACUUUGCUAUUCUAGGUACUGCCGGUGGGUGGAUUGAGCGAUUUAAUCUACAGUCAGGAAUUAGCCGAGGCAGUUAUCUAGAUGCAUUGGAAGGGAAAGGUGCUGCCCAUGAUGGUGAAGUCAUUGGCCUUGCAUGUGAUUCUACAAAUACUAUAAUGGUAAGUGCUGGAUAUCAUGGGGACAUCAAAGUAUGGGAUUUCAAGGGACGCGAGUUAAAGUCUAGAUGGGAAAUAGGCAAUUCGCUGGUAAAGAUUGUUUAUCACCGUGUAAAUGGGCUGCUGGCUACUGUAGCUGAUGAUCUAGUCAUUCGAUUAUAUGAUGUUAUUGCACUACGAAUGGUUCGUAAAUUUGAAGGUCAUACUGACCGUAUAACUGACAUGUGCUUUAGUGAGGAUGGAAAAUGGCUUUUGACAUCCAGCAUGGAUGGGAGUCUUAGAAUCUGGGAUGUUAUCUUGGCCAGACAGAUAGAUGCCAUGCAGGUUGAUGUGUCUAUAACUGCAUUGUCAUUGUCACCCAAUAUGGAUGUCCUAGCAACAACUCAUGUUGAUCAAAAUGGAGUUUAUCUGUGGGUCAAUCGGGCAAUGUUUUCUGGAUCUGCUAAUUUUGAAUCAUAUGGCAGCAGGAAUGAAAUUUUGAGUGUCAAGUUGCCUUCCGUUGCUCCUGUAGAAGGCUCUCCAGAGAAUGACUCUGAGAAGACCAUUUUAGAUGCUCCUUUGCAAAAUACUUCUCACUCCACAAAAUUAGAUAAACAAAUCCCUGAUCUUGUUACCCUUUCACUUUUGCCCAAGAGUCAGUGGCAAAGCUUGAUUAAUCUGGACAUUAUCAAGGCCAGAAACAAACCAAUUGAGCCUCCCAAAAAACCUGAAAGGGCACCUUUUUUCCUACCUUCUAUUCCAUCUCUUUCUGGUGAGAUAUUAUUUAAAUCUGGUGAAUCUGCUGAUAAAGAGAAGGAUACUCAAGCUGGUGAAGCAUUAAGCAACGGAAAAAAGUCUGAUCUACCACCAUCCCAGUUCUUGCAAUAUCUUCAGUCAUCUGUGGAUGUAGGAAAUUUUUCAGCUUUCACGGAUUACAUCAAAAGCUUAUCUCCUUCAGCUCUGGAUAUGGAACUGAGAAUGCUUCAGGUUAUUGAUGAUGAUGAUCAAGAAAUGGACAAAAGGCCUGAGCUAUACUUUAUUGAACUGCUUUUGGAUUAUUUUGUGCACGAGAUUUCAUGCAGGAAUAAUUUCGAGUUUAUUCAGGCUGUCAUCAGAUUGUUUUUAAAGAUUCAUGGGGAAACAAUUCGGUGCCAGUCAAAGUUACAGGACAAAGCAAGGAAGCUUUUGGAAGUCCAAUCAGCAGUAUGGCAAAGAGUGGAUAAGUUGUUCCAGAGUACUAGAUGCAUGGUGACAUUUUUGAGUAAUUCACAGUUUUGAUUGCUGGAUUAAUGGAUGCCUUCUAUCCUAGAAGCUCAUUCUGUUGCCAAGAGUUCAGUUUUCCAUGCCAAACUGUGUUGCAAACUUGUCACUUACACGGUUUGGUACUGAGAUGGAGCUUCGCUUAACUAGUCCACGAUGAGUAUUACGUUUGUUCGCUAUAUGUCUUAUGGGUUCUGGGACCAUAGAUGAAAGGAGGUUAUUUUAUGGGCACUUGCAAGGUUCCAGUUCUCAUUCCGCCCAUCAGAUCUUCACCAUUUUGAAAGAAUAAGCUUAUAUAAGGUUGUGGUGAAUCCUUACGUGCUGAUCUUGUUGGCCACAGCUAUCGAGCUUCAUGGGCAGCAGCAUGGGAGCGGAAUCUCUUCAAGGGUCAAAAGUUUGCUAUCGUAUACUAAUCCAUUUUCCGCAUGGCAUAUCAGGAUUCUUUUCUGAACAGAACGUGGUACAAGUGGCUACAUAGAUUCCAGUUUAAUUUUUAAGUGUGGGCAACCCAGUUUCAAGGCCUAUACUUUUUUUUUUUUUUUCCCUUGACUGGAAAAUAUAAGAUGUUCAAUUAUGGAAGGAAAUAUAUGUAAUUUUCUCAUUGGUAUUAGAGCAGGAGUUAUUUGAUUCGAUUCUGGUUAUGUAUUUUGCAAGACAUUGAAAAUCUGUAGUUUGUUAUUCAGUAAAAUUUGAAGGAUGGAUAUUGAUCAAA